AUGGUCGAUAUGUUCAACAACAACACUGAAAUCAUAGUCGCUGAGAUAGAGUUCCUCAGAAAGACAUCCCAACUCAUUAAAGAAACUGAUAGCGAGAUACUCGUCAACUACAUCAUCUGGCGGGUCGUGCAAGCGAGUGUGCGGUUUCUUGACGAGCGCUUUGAGAAUAUCAAGCAGGAUUUUUCCCGAGUGAUGACCGGUCAACAACAGAGAUCGCCUAGAUGGAAGGAUUGCGCUCAAGUGCCCAGCUCGGUUUUACCGCUAGCAGCUGGCGCGGUCUACGUUCAAGCGCAUUUCAAUUCUGAGGACAAAAGAGAAGCCUUGGAGAUGAUCGGCAAACUUCGCGAGUCUUUCGCGGAUUUGGUAACCCAUAACGAUUGGAUGGAUGAAUCCACGAAAAACACGGCCAUAGAGAAGGCUAAUUCGAUGAUUAACAACAUUGGUUACCCUGAUAUCACCAAUGAUAUAACAAAGCUUGACGAACAGUACAAAGAGCUCGUUAUUCUUCCUGAAGACACCUACUACUCUUUGAUGAAGAAAGCAGUCGUUUGGAUGCAGAAGAGAGAGUUCCGGAAGCUGCUUAAACCCUUCGAUCGUCAUGAGUUUGACGUAUCGCCGGCUGUCGUCAACGCCUUCUAUUCCCCUGAGAAGAACGCCAUAACGUUUCCUGCUGGAAUACUCCAACCACCAUUCUUCAGCGGCUCGUUUCCCAAAGCAGUGAAUUAUGGUGCUAUUGGGGCUGUUAUCGGGCACGAGAUUACGCAUGGGUUUGAUGAUCAAGGUUCCCAGUACGACAAGGACGGCAACUUGCAUAACUGGUGGAGUAGUCGUUCUCUAGAGGCAUUUGACGAACGGAGGCGAUGUAUUGUUGAGCAGUAUGGUAACUAUACCGUACCAAAGACCACAUAUAAAGUGAACGGCAGACUGACACAAGGAGAAAACAUCGCAGACAAUGGUGGAGUUAAGGAAGCUUUGAGAGCUUAUCAGAAGUACGUUGCUACCGAGGGUGAAGAGCCGCGCUUGCCAGGACUUCAACACUACACCAACACACAAAUAUUCUUUCUCAGCUACGCACACUUUUGGUGUGGUCAAAAGAAGGAGGCUGCAGCUAUGCAGCAAGUGACGACGGACGAGCAUUCUCCUGAAAUAUUUCGCGUGACAGGAGUUUUAUCAAACUUACGCGAAUUCGCCGAAGCAUUCUCUUGUCCGGCUACAGCAGCACUUAACCCUCCAAAUCGAUGUGUUGUGUGGUGA